CGUUCUCCCUAACCGUUGAGCUCGGUCGGCUCCCCGUGCCCCGCCGUCGCUAUGAGCCGCCUCAGCGGCGGUUGGGAUGGCGGCAGCGGGCAAGCUCAGCUUCUGCUGGACCUUGAGCCUGUGAUUUUAACAACCCGAAGCUGCAAAAGUGAAGAUUCUUCCUGGUUCACACGGAUACUUGAGCCCUGUGUUUCUCUGAGAUUAACAUACAGUGUUUUAGCAAAGCACUACCUCCUGAUAGAAGCCUUAUGUGCGUUAAGUAUUUGAUAAAGAACUUUUCCAGAUACACUGGAGAUAUCAAGACAUUGCCACCUAACAUUAAGGAUAAACUAAUUAAAUUAAUGAGUAGACAAGGGCAAAUAACAGAUUCAAACAUCAGUGAGGUAUUGCACCCUGCUGUAGAGUCGUUAGACCUCCAAGCAUGUGAUGUUUCAGAUAAUGCAUUAUUGCAGCUUUAUAACUGCAAGCAAUUGAAAAAAAUCAACUUAAACUCCUUCAAAGAAGACAGAUUGGGAAUCACUUCAGAAGGUGUCACUGCCUUGGCCUUAUCCUGCCCUUAUUUGCGUGAAGCAUCUUUUACAAGGUGCUGCAAUAUAAGUGACAGUGGACUUCUUGCUCUUGCACUCAAUUGCCAGUUCUUACAAAUACUGAACCUGGGCAGCUGCUCAGGCAUCAUGGAUGCAUCUCUGCAGGCGCUAGGAGAAAACUGUAAAUUUCUUCACAGUGUGGACAUUUCAUCUACUCAGGUAACAGAUGAUGGUGUUAUAGCACUAGUGAACGGAAUGUGUUCAAAGAAUUUAAAGGAAAUCAAUAUGGAAUGCUGUGUUAAUCUGACAGAUGUUGCUGUGGAAGCAGUGCUCACUUGUUGUCCAAAGAUACGCACUCUUCUGUUCCAUGGAUGCCCGUUGAUAACAGGCCGUUCACACGAUGUUUUAAGGCAGCUCAUGAUCUCAAACAAAAUCAAGCAAGUGACGUGGACCGUUUACUGACUGUUUUUUGCCUGCUUAUGUAUGAGUGUAAAGUUUACAGUUAGGAGAGCUGUUUCAGGAAACAAGCACCUCUAAUAAACAGCUGGUGACUUCUGUACCUGCAGAUUGCUUCUCUGCUUCUUCCCACCAGAGGUCUCCAUUGCCAUUCCGGUCUUUGAGUGCGAGUCUGAGCUUUCCUAGCGACUGCUUAAGAGCCCUGUCUGUCUUUGCAGCACCGAUCAUGAUUCGUUAAAAGGAAAGUUAAAUUACAGUCAGCGUUACACUGUCAUCUCUCAGCCUCCUUGAGCAAUCAGAUUUGGCUGUUAUUAAGCAUGUUGUAGCAUCUGAGCUACCUACACAGACCUGGUCUUACUAAGUCCCUGCUCUGAGUUUUUAUGCUGAGAGGAUAAUUAUAGCUUGUUUGUCUGGAGGAAAAAACUGUACAUACCUUUCUUUUGAUGUUAUUGAUAUUACAGGUUUCUGUCUUUAUUUACCAUUGGUAUUUACAGAACUCUUACACAUCUAAAACUAUGGUCUGAAACAUGCAAACACAGAAGAUCUUUGGAAUUAUUGUAGUGUUUAACAAAUCUCAGAAUAGUGCUGAUGGCUGAUAAAAUAAUCUUAUAUGAUACUCAUUUGCUCUGGCUUUCUCCUAUUGCAAAAUCAUUGGAGGGAACAAAGCAUUGGUCUCUGUAAGCAUGGCUAGGAGUGAAGUCAGACCACGUUUAGCAUUGGAGUACAUGAAUCUUGAGACAGAAGAGUUCAGCGAAGUUUGUGUUCUGGUUUAUACAGUUUAUCACAUCUCCAGUGGCCUCUAGAAGAUGAAAAUGUCUGUUUAUGUAUUGUUUGACUGUAGUCAUUUAAAAAAAAUUGUAAGCAUAGAAUUGAUUGUGACAGAACUGUGAUUUCAUCAUAAUUACAAGUCAUGCUCACUGGCUUUGUUGAAGCAGUAGAACUUACAGUGAGACCUAUAUGAUUUCUGCAUUAAACUUCUAAAAAUGUAACUUCAGCAGUGCAGAGAGCAGACAGCACACUGUGUUGAUAUUCCACGUUUGGAAAUAGCAGGAUUUAGCUGGGCAGGUCUUACUCAGAUCUGAUGACUUUCAAAAAUGACUGAGUUUAGACAACAGUAAAGAGUGUUUAUUUUAGAAUUUAGUGCUUGUUUUAGCUCAUGCUGAUUUUAAAUGUUGCAGAAAUAAAAGUGUCUUCUACUAACCUAUUUAAAGUACAGUACAAAAGGCAUGGAAGAUAAUGCAUCCAGUAUUGUUAAAGGAUAUUACAGUAUCUGAUAAGGAUCUCUGCUUCUCUCUUGAUUAUAUGGCUUAUGGAAGAGCAAGUCCAUUUAGAAAACUUGUUCAUGUGUAACUGAAAGCAUAAUUCCAAAACUCGGGAACAUAAAUCUCUAACUCUUUUUGCAUGAAGUAAUUGAUCUGUUGUGUCUGAUUUCAGGAAGGGUGCCACAAAAAGAGGUGGCAUCAUGAGCUACCAGAAGUGAGAAGAGGCUCCAGGAGCCUCCUGCCCAAAUCAAGGCCAGCUCUGAGCUCAGCCAGUUAACUCAGGGCUUUCUCUGACUAAAUCUCUCAAGUGCUACAGUCAAAAAGAAAAUUAUAAAUGGAAAUAUAUAAAGCAGCUUAAGGUGGAAGACCACUGAGGCCUGUAACAGCAAAGGACACUUACAGUGCUAGCCCUUUGCUAAUGUAACUCUGGAUUUGUCACAUUAAAGGCAAAUGCAGCUUACACUGUCCUUAAAUGUGCAUGCAGAUUCAAUGUUCUGCAGUCUUUUCUGAAUGUGUAACUUAGUGCUGUACCUCACUUUGUGCUUUAAAAAAAAAACCAGUACAUCAGUGUGAUGAGUAAUACUGCAUUCUUAGGCUUCAAAUUUUGAGUCUCAGUCAGUCCUUCACUUCCAGAGCUCAAGACUGCUGUUUGAGAGGUUUGUUACUAGCAUCCUUCUACUGGAAUCAUUUUUGAUUCAGGUUGAGACACAGUCAUUUUUAAUAGAUGUUUAAGAGUGGAGGAGUGAAGCUGGAGAUGAACAUUGUGUAUGUGCUUACCAGUUCAUAUUUGAUAUUGUGCUUUUGUGUUACUGUUGUAGAUUCUUGAGUGAGCACUGUCAAAUAUUUGUAUAUUGCUUUGAAUAUUAAAGCCAGUAAGUCU